AUGUCAGACAAUCAAGACCCAACUCCUAUCAAAUCCCUCCAUCCCGUCUACACGAUCACGAACAUACAGAACAAGAUCCGCACCCUUGAUGGUACCAAGGUAUCAUACUCUUCAUGGGUUCGCUUGUUCAAACUUCAUGCUAGAGGUUACAUAGUCCUUACCCAUAUCGAUGGUUCCGACCCUCCAUCCAAGACUGACCCGACCUAUGAAAACUGGUCAGAGAUUGAUGCCAUCGUCCUCCAAUGGAUUUAUGGAACGAUUUCAGAUGAUCUCCUUGCGCGAGUACUUGAACCGGACACUACAACAUAUGAAGCCUGGUUCAAAAUUCAGAAUAUCUUCCUCAACAACAAAGGAUAUCGUGCUGCUGCUCUUGAACACGAGUUCACAAACCUUACCCUUCAAGCAAUGUCGUCCCUUGAAGCUUAUUGCCAACGUCUCAAAGAUCUGGCAAGUCAACUGAAUGACGUCGAUUGCCCUGUCAACGAGAAACGUUUGGUUCUUCAACUUAUCUGUGGGUUGCCAUCUGAAUUUGACACAGUCGGCGCCUACAUCAAUCAAACCCUACCUCCAUGGGAUACCGCGUGCUCCAUGCUUCAACUUGAAACCCAGCGACAACGUGCUCGAGACUCGCACUCAUCCAUAGAGAUCAUUGCUGCUGUUGAACACAACCCACCAGCAAACUCUAAUUUCCGACGUGGCGAAUCUGGAAAUAGAGGCCGCCCUAACCAGCAGCGCAACACAAAUCUUCGAGCACCUGUCUUUGCAUCUCCUUCUCGACCUGGUUAUACGUCUUCUGGUCGGACAACAUAA